CCUUUGCUUGAAUGGCAUCCGACCCGAGGCUCGGGACGGCACACCCCGUCAUCGUCGAUGUCGAAGCUGGCCUAGGUGGUGUCCUGGGCAGGCGGACUAGCAUGACGCUCGUCCCUUCUCCCAGCUCGGAGCGUACGUCUGUCGUCUCCCUGGCACAAAUAGACGGGCUAGAGAAGGAGAAGGAGGAGAAGGAAGGAGAGGAGGAGAUCGCUUAUCCUGGUGAGACGGAGGAGGCGAUCGAGAGGGAUGAAGAGGAGGACUUUCCUGAUGGAGGCCUAAAGGCUUGGCUGGUCGUUGCCGGAGGCUGCUCGAUCACCGUCGCUUCGUUUGGCUACGUCAACACCUGGGGUAUCUUCCAAGCCUACUACACCGAGCAUCUCCUACCCAACAUCCCCGCUUCCCAAAUCUCCUGGAUCGGUUCCAUCCAAUACUCCUUCAACUUCUUCCCCGGACUUAUCAUGGGCCGCCUGUUUGACUUGGGCUACUUCCGCGUCCCCCUCUUCUGCGCAAGCUGCUUUAUCCUCCUGGUCACGUUUCUGGUUGCGCAGUGUACGGAAUACUGGCAGUUCUUGCUCGGCCAGGGAUUUGCACUUGGUUUGGCGUCUGGCUUCAUGUCAGGACCAACCGUCGCUGUAGUAGGCCACUGGUUCAAGAAAAGACGUGCAAUGGCCUUCGGCAUCGUUGCUGCAGGAAGCUCGAUCGGAGGGCUCGUCUUCCCCAUCGUCGUUUCCCGAUUACUGCCGCAAUUAGGGUUUCCGUGGACGAUGCGUAUCCUAGGGCUGAUCCUCAUGAUCUUUAUCAUCUUUGCUAAUAUGACACUUCGCCGCCGUCUUCCACCGGUAAAUGUCUCCGGCGGGAUGCUGAAUCUCAAAGCGCUCAGGCGGGCCGAGUACAUGCUCUACACAGCAGCUACCUUCGUCGCCUUCAUGGGUCUCUUCACCGCCCUAACCUACCUCAACUCCGACGCCGUCUCCAUCGGCAUCUCUCCCACCUUCGCGACCUACCUCACCGGUAUAGCGAACGGUGCCUCAGGCUUCGGGCGUGUUCUCUCCGGCGUAUUCUCCGACUUUGUAGGCCCCAUCAACAUCCUAAUCCCAUUCAACAUGCUCACCGCCAUCGCCACAUUCGCCUGGCCCUACGCGACAACCGAACCGAGCAUCAUCGUCGUCGCAGUCGUGUAUGGGUUUUCGAGUGGGGCGUACUCGGGACUCACCGCGGCGCCGCUAGCGAAUAUGGGCGCUGUGGGCGAUAUGGGACGGAGGAUUGGGAUGACGUUUACCUUGGCUGGGUUUGCGGCUUUAUGCGGCCCACCACUAUCAGGAGCCAUCCACGAUCGGUAUGGGAGUUAUCGACCCGUGGGCGUCUACGCUGGCUGCUCGAUACUCAUCUCGACCGGCCUCCUCAUAUUCUCCAAACGCGCCGCCUUAGGCCGUUUCUGGGGCAAGUUCUGAUGGGCAAACCCUCACAUCAAGUCUGCGUUUACACUCUACACCGUCACCAUCGUCACACACAACCACACGCCUUCAUGCCAUCACGACAUCACGCACCGUCCUGCAUCGGGUUCAUAAUCAUAGAGUUCGGCUCGGGUCAUCGCUUCGGGGGAUGGCAAAUGUACUAUAUAAUGCGAGAGGGGGGCAGUGCGUGAUGCUG